CCCUCAAGGUCACGUGGCGCCGGUCACGUGAUCGCGGGAAGGCGGAAGGCAUGGAGGCCGCUGCCAAGUUCCAGCCCAGCGAGCACCAACACCUGCGCUACAACCCUCUGCGGGAGGACUGGGUGCUGGUCUCUGCCCACCGCAUGCGGCGCCCCUGGCAAGGGCAGGUGGAGAAGCCCCCCGAGGAGGACCCCCCACGCCACGACCCGGCCAACCCUUUGUGUCCUGGGGCCACGCGGGCGAACGGCAAGGUAAAUCCUCACUACGAGAGCACGUUCGUCUUUGACAAUGAUUUCCCUGCAUUGCAACCAGAUGCUCCAGAACCUGAGGCCGAUGACCAUCCCUUGUUUCGCUCAGCGUCAGCGCGAGGCGUGUGCAAAGUCAUGUGCUUCCAUCCCUGGACUGACCUUACCCUGCCCCUGAUGUCUCUUGCUGACAUCCGCAGGGUGAUUGACAAGUGGGCAGAGAUAGCGGUCGAGUUGGGUGCCUCUUACACCUGGGUGCAGAUCUUUGAGAACAAGGGAGCCAUGAUGGGCUGUUCGAAUUCCCACCCUCACUGUCAGAUCUGGGCUAGUAACUUCCUGCCCAGUGAAGCCUCGCUGGAGGACCAGUCUCAACGGAAGUACUACCAGGACAAUUCUGUCCCCAUGCUGCUGGACUACGCCCGGCUGGAGGCCGAGAGGAAGGAACGGGUCGUGGUGGAAAAUGCGGACUGGCUGGUGGUGGUGCCCUACUGGGCAGUGUGGCCCUUCCAGACACUCUUGCUUCCUCGGAGACACGUCUGCCGACUGGAGGAGCUCCGGGAGAGCGAGAGAGACAGCCUGGCCUCCAUCAUGAAGAGGCUUCUCACCCGAUACGACAACCUCUUCCAGGUUUCCUUCCCUUACUCCACGGGUUGGCAUGGAGCUCCGACGGGACCGUACCUGGAGGCCGACUGCAGGCACUGGCAGCUCCACGCCCAUUACUACCCUCCUCUGCUGCGUUCCGCCACCAUCCGUAAGUUCAUGGUGGGCUACGAGAUGCUGGCUCAGGCCCAGAGGGACUUGACUCCAGAGCAGGCCGCUGAACGUUUGAGGAACCUUCCUGAGCACCAUUACAAGCUGGAGACCAAGGAGGCACCUUAGGGCAGACGGCGGCUUUAUUGGCAGUCGCACAACCCCUAGCGGCUGACAAAGAGAGCCUGGAGAACGAUCCCAGCUGGACAGUAAGGGGUCCGUCCUUGGGGGCGGCUGAGAACUUUCCUCAGGAAUUGCCUGACCUCAGGCAGAAUGCCAGUCCGGCUGCCCGGCUCCACUAAGGCUGUGAUGCUGGUGACCAGUUAAGCCAGGACCUCUUCCCUUCUCAAAAGUCCUCUGCAGAACCGGAGGCUCCGUGUCCUGUGUGCACACAAGAGGCGAGACCCAUCCUUGGAGAAGGGGGAAGUGGGGGACCCCUCUCCCCAACACCAAGUCUCUACCGCUUCUCGUGAUGCACGGCUGCUCUGCCCAGGUUCUGAGAGCUGGCACUAUUAAAUCAGGAUAUUUUGGGCCGAGGCUAGGCUGUUUUCUUUUUCUGAACUCUCCUCAAACGAUGCUAGAAAGAGCGCAGAGAAGAGCAACAAAAAUGAACAGGGCUCUGGAGGCUAAAACAUACAAAGAACGGUGGCAGGAAUUGGGUAGGUUCAGUUUAAUGAAAAGAAGGACUAGGGGAGACAUGAUAGCAGCCUUCCAAUAUCUGAGGAGCUGCCUGCCCCAAAGAAGAGGGGGCGGUGGGGGGGGGGGUGUCAGCCUAUUCUCAAAAGGACCUGAAGGCAAGAUGAGAAACAAUGGAUGGAAACGGAACAAAGUGACCAUCAACCAUAGGACGAAGGAGAAAUUUCCUGACGAUCAACCCGUGGAACAGAAGUUGCCUUCAGAAGUUGUGGGUGCUUCAUCCCUGGAGGUUUUGAAGAAGGGAUUGGGGCUGGACUAGAAGACCUCCAAGGUCCCUUCCAACUCUCUUAUUCUGUUAUUCUGUUAAAUAAAAAUAAAAAAAACCCCUUUUUCUUGAAAACUUUUUCUUUUCAUCCCCCAACUCCAGUUGGCAAACUAUUCCAUUUCCGUCAGGAAAUUCCUCUUGUAGGUUGGAUCUCCCUCUGAGGACUUCCUGCCCAUUGCUUCUUGUCCAGCCCUCAGGUGUUUUGGAGAGUAAAUUCAUGGCUUCCUUGUGGUAGCCCUUCAAGGAUUGGAAGAUGCUAUCAGGCCUUCCCUUCUCCUUAGUUCCAACUUGCUUCUCUCCUUGGUUAGUUUCCACCCAUUGCUUCUUGUCCUGCCUUCAGGUGCUUUGGAGAAUAGCUUGACUCCCUCUUCUUUGGGGCAGCCCCUGAGAUAUUGGAAGACUGCUAUCAUGUCUCCCCUGGUCCUUCUUUUCAUCAGACUAGACAUACCCAGUUCCUGCAACCGUUCUUCAUAUGUUUCAGCCUCCUGUCCCCUAAUCUUUAUUGCUCUUCUCUGCACUCUUUCUACAGAGGGGUCGGCAACCUGCGGCUCUAGAGCUGCCUGUGGCUCUUUCAUCCCUCUGCUGCGGCUCCCUGUCGCCAGUCAGCUCCACAAUUGAUAGGGCUUUCAGUUAGGAUAGACAGAGGAAAAAGGACACUGCGCUAGGAGGAGAGACACUAUGGUGGGGGGGAGCCAGACUUCCAGUUGGCUCCAGAAUUGAACGGGGGGUUCUUGGUUAGGGCCUUUGUGGCUCUUUAAGGUUGCUGACCCCUGUUCUAGAGUCUCAAUAUCUUUCUUCUAUCCUAGUGGGCAAAACUGGAUGCCGAAUUCCAAGUGUAGCCUUCCCAAGGCCUUAUAAGGUGGCAUUAACACUUCACGUGAUCUUGAUGCCAUCUGAACUUCUAUUAAUUCAGCUCCCUGGGUGUGGUGGUAGAGGACCUGGAGCUCUUACCUCGUUUGCAAAUGGGAUUUGCGAUGCUUCGUUGAACCUCCCCCAGUGAUGGGAAGCGAGGGAACCGUCGCUGCGUGCCAUCGUCUCAUUUUCACCAACACACUUUUGGGAAGGCUGUUGCGUUUCCACCCAGCAUCACACUUAAUGCGAGAAGACUUGGCUGGUCAUCCUCUUCCAUGCCUCUCAGCUCAGCGCUCACUUGGGGACAGUUGAAGUCAAUAAUAUAUUUCAUAUUCGAAAAGGGAAUCUAAAUAUGUAUAUUCUUUUUCCCCCCCUUCUCCUGGAGUAAUAAAUGCUGUGAUUUUGUUUUGAA